AUCAGUAUCAUUACUUGUCCACUCACAGCUGUUAUGAAUGCACUGAUCAUAAUCGCUGUUAAGACUAAACACCGAUUGAAAACCAAGUCUAAUAUUUCACUCGCCUGCUUGUCGACCACUGAUUUGGCAAUGGGAGUGAUCGGUCAACCUCUUUUCAUCUCUUGGGUGCUCGUAGAGUUCCAAGGCUACGCCUCCAAAACUUACUGUUUACGAAAAGAAUUAGGGAUUCUUGCUAUAUCAAUGUCAGGUAAUGCAUCCCUAUUUCACAUUAUCUUGGUGAAUGCCGAGAAGUACAUUGCCAUUCGACAUCCUCUGCAGUACGAAACCAUGGUCACCGAAGCUCGUUUGAUAGGUUCAUCUGGUUUCUUGUGGAUAACAGUACUAUUCACACAGUUAAUCAUGCCCGCUGCUAACAUAGAUGAUCAAACACACGCCCAAGUUGAUGCUAUUUUAGCUUUCUUAAGCAUAGUCAUUAUUUCUUUCUGCCAAGUCAUGAUUUAUCUCGAAACACGUCGUCAAAAGAAAAAGAUCGCUGCCCAGCAAGUUUCGUUGGAGGCCAAAGAGAAAUUCUUAAAACAAAGGAAAGCUUUAAAAGUGACUGUAACUGUCCUUUGUUUUCUAAUAUUAUGUUUUUUACCGAUUGCAUUUUCACGAAUACUGAUGGCUAACUCUGUGGUCGAUUCAGUCAAUUUAUUAUACAUUUUUCAUUUUACAGGGGUCCUGGUGAUAACGUUGAAUUCGCUCGUUAACCCGAUUAUUUACUGUGUAAGAAUUAGACAGUUUAGAGUUGUGUUAAUUCAGCUACUAUUUAAAAAAACCUUUGAACAGGCUGGAAACAUUGAAGUGCGAUUUUUC